AGAAACUGGUGUUGUGCUACUAGCUUACGUCGUCUCAUCAGCUUUCUUGAAACAGCUGCUUCUUCAUCAACAGUACCCUUUGCGUGUGUGUGACGAAGCCGGACGUGCUUUAACACCACAACGAAAGCUGUCUGGCUCGUUGCACUCUGCCGUUCUUCUCUUCUCUUGUGCGAACCGUCGACUCGAAUUGCGUCUUGCAUCUCCCCCACUCCCCCCCCCCCUCCCGGCAGCCAUGGCGUACCAGUCCAACGUGGCGAGCUCGCCACUCCGCUACCAGAGCCCGACGUUCAUCGCCAAGGCAAAUGCAGACGACGCCUCUCUCGGCGAGGACGUCGCCGCCCCCGUCGACCUCACCAUUUCCCACCGCUCGCGCAAUCAGAACUUGCCGCCCAUGAAGCGCUAUUGGCGCACUCGCAGUGUACGACGCAACCACGCACUGGCCGCGGACAUGGAGGACGUGAAGGGCGAUCCACACAAGGCCAAGAUGGUCGCGCGGUCAGCCACGAGCAACACGGACAACAAAGAAAACGAGUUCACCUACAUCUCUGGCCCGAAGUACUUCUUUCAGCAGUUUGUUCGGCAGUACCCAAUCGCUGCCUUCUUUGUCUGGACGUUCUUGUUUCUGGUGGAGCUGGUGAUGGUGGUGGUCUACAUUGUGCAGUCGACGGUGAGCUACAAGGUCACCUGGGUCUCCUACGACACGCACGAGUACAGUGCGUGGUUCUACGCGCGCUUUGUGCUGUCCGUCGUCUCGCUGGUGCAGCUCUUCUUCGCCUACUCGCUCAGCCUCAUGACCAUCAUCGUCGUGCUCAUCACGUCCAUUUACCAAAUUCUCAUCUUUUUUGUCUCGCUCGCGCCGAACCUCGGAUGGGUCAGUCGCCUCUACGUGCCCUACUUCAUGCGAUGCUGGCCAAUGCGGCAGUACUUCCUCUUUAUAUUGGACUCCGUCGCACUGAUGGUGCCGCGCAACCGGAAGCUGGAUCUGCUGCGUCUUGCCUCUGGUCCGCUGACGCUCUUUAUCUGCAUGGUCUUCUCCGCCGCUGGCUUUUUCCGCAUUGAUCAGUGCUUCCAAGGCAUCCCCAUGAACGUGGCCGUGUCGAUUUAUUUUGUGGUGGUUACUGUGUCGACGGUCGGCUUUGGCGAUGUGACGCCCAAGACGCCGGAUGGUAAGGCGAUCACCAUUGUCAUCAUUUUCGUCUUCAUUGCGAAGAUGCCGACCUUUAUUCGAGUCAUUCGCUCCACGGCGAAGAUCUUGAAGGCGUACCGCUCCUACACCGGCCGGAAGAACCACUUCAUCGUGUACGGCUGCGUCACUCGCGAGGAGGUCAUCUCCAUCCUGGACGAGGUCUUCUGCCUCUACCCCAUGAAGUCGGUGUGCUUCUGCAAUAGGGAGUUUUCCCCCGACGUUGUUUCGAUUGGCCGGCACCCGACCUACCGCCUGCGCAGCACCUUCCUCAUUGUGGACCCGCUUGACUCCUUCGCGCUGCGCCGCAUGAAAGCAGAGGACGCGGCUGGCGUGAUUAUCUUGCCCGUCCGCGAAGGCUACUCCUCGCGCGUGGACGACGACGUGAUGCUGUCGGCGAUUAUUUUCGAGCGCUUUGUGCCCCGUGUGCCGCAGUACGUCUGGCUCCGCUACGGUCUUCACGCGAAGCUGCUCAAAGGCCAGCGCUCGUGUGUGAUCGACGAGCACAUGAAGAAGAACAUCAUGGCCAGCGCCUUGCUGCUUCCUGGCAUUGUCCCGUUUCUCGUGAACCUGGUGCGUACGGCGUGGGCCGAAGGCACGGAGCCGCCCGCGCUGUGGCGAGACGACGGCGUGGAGGACUGGAAGAGCCAGUACGAGUACAGUCGACGCAACGUGCUCAGCACCUGCCCCGUGCCGCAGCGCUUCGUCGGGGCGGCGCUGAGCCACGUCGUUUCCACCUUUAAAUACCGCGACGUCCUCAUCGUCGGCGUGGAGGAGAACACCCGCCGGGUCAUGCGCUACGAACUGGGCUACCGCCUAGAGGAGCAGGACGUGCUCAUGGCGGUGUACGAGCGCACUCGCAACAGCCUCGCCAAGGCGCUGGAGGAGUUCAGCUCUGCCGGGCCGCUGAAUGAGUCGGGCCGGGAGCAGUACGGCGCACACUUCCGCCAAGGCCUCAACGAUGACGAGCUUCUCCACGAGAACAUGAACACCUCCUUCGUCUUCUAUCCCUACAACAGCUCCACCUCGCUGGGCGAUGUGACGCAGGCGCAGCGGGCCAACAGCGGAAACGGGGAGAGAGGCGACGGCGACGAGGAAUCGGAGUCGGAGGACGAGGCCGUGUCAGAGGAGGAGGUGCGACGCGCACUGCACCGUAUACCGGUCCCCGCGCGCAACCCUCGUGGAGUCCUACUCGACGCUCUGCCUCUAAAGGGUAAGGUCUUGUCUCAUUUGUGGUACCUCACGCGCCGCUACGACGGCCUCGUGUCGGACCCGUUCAUGUCCGCCGCGGACCGCGAGGAGGCGUUGAAGGAGGUGACAAACAAGAUCAAUGCCGCGCUGCUGAAGGCGGCUGAUGGCUUCUUGGCGUCAUCGGAGCAGGAACACGCACUGACCGAUGGCAAGCACCAAGACGAGGAGGUGUUUCUCUUCAUUGACCAGACAAGCUCAAUUCUUCGCAAGACGACCACGUCCGUGUACGAGGACGUCAUCUCGCAAACCAUCGCGCAGUACGAGCUGUACGUGAUGAUGCAGUGCAUCUGCGCCGUGCACGCCCACUCUCGGCUGACGCUGUUGACGCUGCGCAAGUACCCGAACCAGUUCCUGCAGACGUGGAAGGAGAUCUUCGGCACGCCGCUGCGCUACAUUCGUGGCCAGGGCUCGCUAGACUCCCACCUCAACUACGCCCUCACCGCGGACACAGACGUCGUCAAGGUGCGCGGCAUCCUGCUCUACUGCUCGCAGAUGGGCCCGCGCGAUUUCGGCGAUGUCCCAAUCUUCUCCGUCGAGAACAGCGUGCGUGAUUUGUUGGACUGGAACGAACAGGCGCGAGAGGGCCUGCGGGGGAUGACGGAGCAGAACAUCGUGGCGGAGCUGCAGUCUUUUCUCUCCUCCAUUAAGGUCUCACCCUUCCACACGGACUCCGUCUGGCGGUCGCGCGGUGAGGUGAACUUCCAAGAUGCGCUAGCUUUCAUGAUGGGCCGCUGCUUCUCAUCGAACAUGCUCUUGACGCUGCUCAUCCACAGUCACCGCGACUCGCGCAUCAUCAAGUUCUUCGAGAUGGUGCUGAACCUCACCUCGACGGCGGAGAUGUUCGACAAGGCUGUCUGGACGAACCGCACUGCAGAGUCGCAGACACUCUUCAAGCUGUGCGGUAACCAAGCUCUUCACUUCCAGACCUUCGGCGACGCCUUCGAGUUUUUGAUCUCGAAGCGGCAGUGUGUGGCGAUUGGCGUGUUUCGUCUGUUUCCCGCAUCGGAGAUGCUCAGCGGAACGCCGCGGUACUUUGUCACCAACCCGCCGAUGUGCAUGCCGCUGCUCGUGGAGGACAUCAUUUACUGCUUAGAUGGAGGCAUGAAUGUCGCGCGUGCGUGA